AUGUUCCUCCAAUUCCUCAUUCCAAGCGUCCUCAGGUCCGCUUCCACAUCUUCCAGCCAGCGCAGUCUUGGACUUCUUCUCUUUCUGCUUCCUCCUGGAUGUCACCAUCAUCUUCUUCAGGUGCCACUUAUUAACUAUGAUAUCCAUUUUCCAGCUGACAUAUACGACGAGACCGUGCAGAAGCUGAACGCUCUCAAGCUGGACUCGGAGUGCAUCGGAGGCGGCCGGAUCCAGCACGACCCGCUGGAGAAGAAGAUCAAGGUCUACGGGUACUCUCAGGGGUUCGGAAAGGCAGACCACGAGGUGUCCGUGGAGAUCCUGAAGGAAGUGUACGGGGACUACGACAUCACCUGGUCGGACGAGGGCUACUGA